UUGCAAUCCCAUAAUAACACAACAGACAUAAACAAACGUAUUCUAAUGAUACUAUUGAUUUUUGGAACACUCACGAAGACAUUUAUCUGUUGCGCGAAAUCUUUUCUCUGCUUUUUUGUUGGGUUUGCUUUCAUCUAUCUAUCUAUCUAUCAUCUUCUUCUGCUUCAUCUCCACCUUCAUUUCCAUUUCACUCCCUUUGGUCCUUUCUUCGGUUCAGAUAUUCCAAAAGGGUACACACAAACGCAAUUCAGAUGGGGUAUCUGUACCUUUCUUGCAGAGCCGAAUCUGCAGUUUCAACUUCUGAUUCGGUGGCUUCUUCCAAAGCUACCGGAGAGAAAGAGAAAGAGAGAAGCGGCAUCAAGAUCCAGGAGUUUCAGUACAGUGACCUCGAGGCUGCUACCAAUGGCUUCUCGGACCGCAAGCUUCUCGGCAAAGGGAGUCACGGGUAUGUCUACAAGGCGGUGGUUCGGGGCCGUCCUGUGGCGGUGAAGCGGCCGUCGCGGCCGCAUCAUCACGGGGUUGUUCCUCGGCCGGUGUCUUCUUCCGCGCCGCUGGAGAUCACCAACGAGGUGGACAAUGAGAUCGACAUCUUGUCGAAAAUCCAGAGCCCCAGGUUGGUGAAUUUGGUGGGUUUCACGAACGAUUCAAGAGACAGGCUUUUGGUGGUGGAGUUCAUGAGCAAUGGCACUCUUUACGAUGUUCUUCAUUCCUCUCCGAGGCCUCCCAAUUGGGGUAAGAGGAUUCGUUUGGCUCUGCAAACUGCUAAAGCCAUUGACACGCUUCACUCCUCGACCCCUCCCGUGAUUCACCGUGACAUUAAGUCUGCGAACGUUCUCAUCGACCGAAGCUACAAUGCGAGAUUGGGGGAUUUUGGUUUGGCCUUGAGAGGCCAUGUUGAUGACUACAGACUCAGGUCCACUCCCCCUGCAGGCACCAUGGGCUAUCUUGACCCUUGUUAUGUAACUCCUGAUAAUUUGAGCACAAAAACUGAUGUUUUCAGCUUUGGGAUUUUGCUGCUGGAGAUUAUAAGCGGAAGGAAGGCGAUUGACAUCACUUAUUCACCACCUUCUAUCGUGGACUGGGCUAUUCCCCUCAUCAAGAAGGGGAAGCUUUUGGCUGUUUAUGAUCCUAGAAUUGCACCUCCCAAGGAUCCGGUUGUGAGGAAGCAGUUGGCUGUGAUUGCUGCCAAGUGUGUGAGGUCUUGCAGGGAGAGGAGACCUUCCAUGAAUGAGGUUGUUACUUGGCUCUGUGGGCUGUGUAAACUGGUGCCUCUUCAUUCUUGGAAUGGUUUUAACAACCCUUGCAUGAUGGUUGAGACUGUGGGGCGACCCGUCGAAGCAAGAAAUGGUGAAAUAAAUUCUAGGCUGGCAGGUGUGGAAGAGGGAAAUAUUGAAGCUUUGGAUGGAAGACUUUCCAAAUCUGCAAUGAGGUAUUCCCGGAGGGUGUAUUCUGAUUUGGGGUUCAGCAGCAACUUGAUGGACUUGAUGGCUACCACUGAGGAGCCUGAAUUUCUGAGAGAUGCUGAUGGGAUGGAGCAUAGUUCUAAAUCUGCUGAACAAGUUUCUAGCUCCAGGUUUGGCAGUGGAAGGUAUUCCAUAAGAGGGAGGAACCUAUACAGGCCAUGUGGCAGUGACAAGGACGCNUANGGCUUCAGUAAAAGCCAGAUUGUAGGUCAGACUGAGACCACUUCAAAACAGGACGAGGUUUCUGGUUCAAAUUCGAAGAAUUUGAAUUCUCUGGUUGCCGAGGUUGUCUAGUUAAUUAACUGCUGAAACAUUUUAUUGGAUGAUGAUGAUGAUGAUGAUGCCAGGCUUGUGAGCUUUUCUUGCUUGCAAAAUUGUGUAGAUUUGUUGUUAGUUCAUUAUUUGUGGAUUUCAGAAAUGAUCUCUUCAUUUUUAGUAGGUUUUUGGGUUGAAGGGCGCAUUACUGAUGUCCCCUUAACGUUGUUCAAAAAGCUUUGCCAAAGGUUUUGUUUCCUUCUCAUAAACAAAUGCAAAAGCCACUGUAUGAAUGAUUCAGGAACUUAUGACUGCUGCUGCUGAAAAUUUGUAAAAACUGUACCAUAGCUUGUUGGUUGAAUUGUAAAAACUGCUGUGGUCCUUUUUGCAAUUCUGUUACCAGCUUUUGGUUUUUUAUCUGUCAACUUCUGGUAUUGUUUGAAGCAAGAUUUUGAAUUAUGGCAUGUUGUUGUUGUAUGUUGUA